GCCACCAGCAGUCUAGUUUAGUAUUCAUUUCUCAGUACUGGUGGACUAACGGGCGAUGGAAACUGCACCAUGCACCAUGGCUAAUUCCGAGCCAGAAACUGCCCAACUUGUGACCGAACAUUGGUCGUAUCAAUUAGUGCGCGAAUUAAACGAUGAAAGUCUACAUUUAAAAAGUACCAUCAAAUCCAUCGCCAUACGUGAUUUAUAUCCUAAGGCUCGCUAUCACUUUCUAGUGCUGCCAAGAAAGGAUAUUAAUAAUUUGCACGAGCUAUCAAUUGACGACGUUGCGCUGCUGGAGGACAUGUACGGGCUGGCACAAAGUGUGAUCAAAGAAGGCGGACUGGAUACGAAACAGUUCAACUUUGGAUACCACCUAAAGCCGCACAUGAAACGGUUGCAUCUGCAUGUGAUUUCGAAGGACUUUGAUUCGCCGUGCUUGAAGCGAAGACAUCACUGGACAAUUUUCAAUUCAGACAUUUUCCAGUCGCACGAUGCGGUAUUGGCUGAGCUGAAAAUGCAUGGAAAGAUAUACGAACGUCCGGAUGCCUACAUUGCAGCAUUACGCAAUGGGCCACUUAAGUGUAACGUCUGUUUGUAUGAAACAGACAAUUUACAGACGAUGAAAAAACAUAUCGCCGUUCAUACCAAACCCCAUCUUAUGUUACCGGCACUACGACAAUAAUGUAGUGUACAGAAUAUUCAUUGAAGCGUUUAGUUUCCCUAGCCUUUGAUUUGGUGUAUCGCACCCAAGAUACAAAGGAGCUUUUGAGUACAAAAUAUUUACAAAUGUUCUUCGCAAAGAAGAAUAAGUUUAUAAAAAUAAACUUUGCAGAAAGCCUUUACGUUCAUA